AUGUCACACUCUACAUUUAAUCAUUUGGUAUCUCAUUUAAAAAAGACUGGUUACAAACCUAAUGAAGAUGGCUACGGUAUUCAUAAAGUUACGGAAGAAAUCCGCAAAUUUGUGAUUUCAGGCAUAAAUACCCCAUCAGGGAGAAGAAUCCUUUUCGGAUUUUCUGGUUCGGAAAACUUUGGUAACUGUACGACGUCUGGACAGUUAUCUCAGUGUCGGUCUCUUUUGUGUCUCAUGGAGUUACUGAAAAUAUUUGUUCGUGAUUCUGACCUUAAUGCAACCCUGUGUUCACUAGAAAUAGCCACAUUACUCACCCAACCAUUUCAAUCCAGGAUCAGCGUAAAUUUUGGCAAAUCACCAUGCAGAAACGUUGAUGGUUUAAGUGCUGAUAAUGCAGAUUGGUUUGCACAUCAACUCCUGGAUAUGAUUUAUUUUGCUCUGAGUGAUAGUAGAUUAGAUGUUCGGAUUGCUGGUACCAAGCUUUCUCUAGCAGUUGCAAGUUUGCCAUCUUGUGCUAUGAUAGUUGUUCGUGAAGUGGGAGGUCGAGUACUUACUCACUAUUCUGAAUACGAUACAAAAAAAUCUGAUCAUGAAGAGGAAUGCGCAUAUUUCAAGCUUUCUACCGACAGAAUACAUCGACUGCACCAAGAAUCUGUUGAUCUUGUUACCUCACUACUUUUAACGCUUCCUAGUUUGGAGUUCGACUUGACUAACGUUUGUAGACUGGUUGUUCUCCCAGGAUUAACUGACCUUAAGUUACUGGUACGUAUUGCAACAUUAGAUUGUGUAUCUGUGGUAGCCUAUCAUCUUGGUACUGAUAAUUUGGAUUGUUUACUAGCUGUUGUAUCCCAAGCAGAUAAUUUCUUAUUAAAAACUGCUGGGAAUUUUUUACAACAAUCGUAUUUAGAAAAAGAUAAUCAUCAAAAUUCAGAUUCAAAAUAUUCAACAUUAACAGAAGCUGUAAAAAAACGAUUGAUUAAAUGUCAGUUACCACAGUUGGAUUGUAAUUCACGUGUGAUACGAACAAAUAAUUAUAAUAAUGUGCCUGGUGCGUCGAUAUUAGUUAAUACACUGGGAUUAAGUUCAAACCAGAAUACAGAUUCACACUUGAAAUCACAUAUUUCCACUGACGAAGGUAUUACUACCAACACACCUAGAACGGUAUCUGUUGUUCAACCGUCAGAAUUUUCAACUUCUACAACUCAAUUGGAUAUAUUGUCAAAUCCGUCAAUAGCUGAGAAAGUGAAAUCUAACUAUCGUCGCCGACCUAGUGCUGGUUUAACACACAGACAAAAACAACUCCCAUGGGAUCCAAGGAUCAGUAUUGAUUUGUCUAAUUCAUAUCCGAGUAAAAAAUCAUCACGUUUAAUUCGUCGUAAUUCUAAUUGUAGUUUAUUCACUGUCAAUAAUUUUAAUAAUUUACCAAUUAAAAGCAAUCAUAUUUCUAAUCAUCUUGUAAACAGUAUUGAAAAUGAUAUGUUGACCGAUAAUAAUACUGGAUACAAUCCAUUAUCUUCCAAAAUUUAUGUGAAUAAUAAGUUCAACAAUGAUAAUAAUAGUAAUAGUGAUAUUGAUAACAUUGAACAUGUUAAUGAUGAUGAUUACGACGAUGAGGUGGAUCAUAAUCUCGAUGCGAAAUCAAGUAAAAUUCAUCGUACUACUGUUGUUGCCGUCAGUGCUAAACAUAAUCCUCAACACUUGCAACUAUGUGAAUCACAACGAAAACUUCAAGAUAAUUCUGACAAAACUAUUCAUAACUCUGUAAGUCUUAAUAAUAUCAAAUCAGAAUACAUUAAUCUAUCAUCUACGAAACGUUUCAAUGCUAAAUCACAAUUAUCAGAACUAUGUUCACAAAGUUUACCAGCUUCUGGUCGUAUAUCACCCACAUCAAAAAUUUUAUCUUCAGAUCUAUCCUCUAUAGAAAUAACCAAGGUCUAUCCUCUGCGUUCUUCCCUAUGUAUGGCUAAGUCUGGAUCAAACAAUGAAGAACUAAGCUCUUUCAACACACCGCGUCGUAAACCACGUUUAGCACCAAUUCGUCAGUCAGAUCACUCCAUACUUUGGGCAUCACAAAAUCAAAACUCCCAUCUAAAUUCCAUGUAUCAUUCUUCGUUGUUACCAACUCGAGCUACUCUAGUUCGUCAAAGUAAUAGGUCACGUCCAGCUCUUAAUCAAGUUUUUAUUAAUAUUAAUACAAAUACAGAAAAUUAUCUAGAAUGUAAUCGUUUUGGAUAUAAUAUAAUUACACCGAAUAAUUCUUUAAAUACUUAUCAUUCUACUUCAUGUAUAACACCUAGAGAAAGUGUGAAUAAAAAUAAUCGGAAUAUCCAAUCGGACAGAAUAGUUACAUCAUCAGUUGACAACUUGUAUUAUAAUAAUAUGAAUACAAUUAGUACAACUAGUAGAUCUAAUCAUACUGAGUAUGAUUCAUUUUAUUAUAGUCACAAUGAUGAUAAUAAAACAGUUGAAGAAGAAAUUUACGACGAGGAUUAUGAAUCCGAUGAAGAAUUUACAGAUGGUGAUGAUGUAGAUGAACGAAGUAGUAGUACAAUUAAUAAUGCAACAUUUUGGCGUUCAAAUCGAUCAACAAAACCUAAUUCAUUACCUGCCAGUGCAUUACCAUUAAAUCUGCACAAUAAUGAUUCAGCUUUACCAAAUUCACCAAGUUCUGAAAUUCCUGAAGUAUCUAGUAUACGUAGUGCUGCAUCUCAUAGACGUGCAAUGCGAUUAUUUGAAGAAGCUGAAAAACGUAAACAAAGUGAAAGUUAUAAUAAUCUACAAAUAUUGUCCACUUCAUCAACACCUCUAUCAUCGAUAAGAAUUACAAAAAUGCACAAUACUGAACUAUCAAGUAACAUAAAUAGAUUGAAUCCUGAUAUUCAUCUUGUAAAUUCAACUUUAUCCGGUCCUGUGUUAACACCAGCUGUUGUUCCCGCAACGUCAUCACAACGUUUCAUUCCUGGAAAACGUUCAGCUAAAAGUACUAAUGUUAAACAAAUCCCAUUAGCCAUCUCACAAUCAUGGUAUACAAAAGGCGCACACAUUUAUUACCUUACUACUACUACUACUACCACUACUACUACUACUACUACUACUACUACUGCUACUACUACUACUGCUGCUGCUGCUGCUGCUGCUGCUGCUGCUGCUGCUGCUGCUGCUGCUGCUGCUGCUGCUGCUGCUGCUGCUGCUGCUGCUGCUGCUGCUGCUGCUGCUGCUGCUGCUGCUGCUGCUGCUGCUGCUGCUGCUGCUGCUGCUGCUGCUGCUGCUGCUGCUGCUGCUGCUGCUGCUGCUGCUGCUGCUGCUGCUGCUGCUGCUGCUGCUGCUGCUGCUGCUGCUGCUGCUGCUGCUGCUGCUGCUGCUGCUGCUGCUGCUGCUGCUGCUGCUGCUGCUGCUGCUGCUGCUGCUGCUGCUGCUGCUGCUGCUGCUGCUGCUGCUGCUGCUGCUGCUGCUGCUGCUGCUGCUGCUGCUGCUGCUGCUGCUGCUGCUGCUGCUGCUGCUGCUGCUGCUGCUGCUGCUGCUGCUGCUGCUGCUGCUGCUGCUGCUGCUGCUGCUGCUGCUGCUGCUGCUGCUGCUGCUGCUGCUGCUGCUGCUGCUGCUGCUGCUGCUGCUGCUGCUGCUGCUGCUGCUGCUGCUGCUGCUGCUGCUGCUGCUGCUGCUGCUGCUGCUGCUGCUGCUGCUGCUGCUGCUGCUGCUGCUGCUGCUGCUGCUGCUGCUGCUGCUGCUGCUGCUGCUGCUGCUGCUGCUGCUGCUGCUGCUGCUGCUGCUGCUGCUGCUGCUGCUGCUGCUGCUGCUGCUGCUGCUGCUGCUGCUGCUGCUGCUGCUGCUGCUGCUGCUGCUGCUGCUGCUGCUGCUGCUGCUGCUGCUGCUGCUGCUGCUGCUGCUGCUGCUGCUGCUGCUGCUGCUGCUGCUGCUGCUGCUGCUGCUGCUGCUGCUGCUGCUGCUGCUGCUGCUGCUGCUGCUGCUGCUGCUGCUGCUGCUGCUGCUGCUGCUGCUGCUGCUGCUGCUGCUGCUGCUGCUGCUGCUGCUGCUGCUGCUGCUGCUGCUGCUGCUGCUGCUGCUGCUGCUGCUGCUGCUGCUGCUGCUGCUGCUGCUGCUGCUGCUGCUGCUGCUGCUGCUGCUGCUGCUGCUGCUGCUGCUGCUGCUGCUGCUGCUGCUGCUGCUGCUGCUGCUGCUGCUGCUGCUGCUGCUGCUGCUGCUGCUGCUGCUGCUGCUGCUGCUGCUGCUGCUGCUGCUGCUGCUGCUGCUGCUGCUGCUGCUGCUGCUGCUGCUGCUGCUGCUGCUGCUGCUGCUGCUGCUGCUGCUGCUGCUGCUGCUGCUGCUGCUGCUGCUGCUGCUGCUGCUGCUGCUGCUGCUGCUGCUGCUGCUGCUGCUGCUGCUGCUGCUGCUGCUGCUGCUGCUGCUGCUGCUGCUGCUGCUGCUGCUGCUGCUGCUGCUGCUGCUGCUGCUGCUGCUGCUGCUGCUGCUGCUGCUGCUGCUGCUGCUGCUGCUGCUGCUGCUGCUGCUGCUGCUGCUGCUGCUGCUGCUGCUGCUGCUGCUGCUGCUGCUGCUGCUGCUGCUGCUGCUGCUGCUGCUGCUGCUGCUGCUGCUGCUGCUGCUGCUGCUGCUGCUGCUGCUGCUGCUGCUGCUGCUGCUGCUGCUGCUGCUGCUGCUGCUGCUGCUGCUGCUGCUGCUGCUGCUGCUGCUGCUGCUGCUGCUGCUGCUGCUGCUGCUGCUGCUGCUGCUGCUGCUGCUGCUGCUGCUGCUGCUGCUGCUGCUGCUGCUGCUGCUGCUGCUGCUGCUGCUGCUGCUGCUGCUGCUGCUGCUGCUGCUGCUGCUGCUGCUGCUGCUGCUGCUGCUGCUGCUGCUGCUGCUGCUGCUGCUGCUGCUGCUGCUGCUGCUGCUGCUGCUGCUGCUGCUGCUGCUGCUGCUGCUGCUGCUGCUGCUGCUGCUGCUGCUGCUGCUGCUGCUGCUGCUGCUGCUGCUGCUGCUGCUGCUGCUGCUGCUGCUGCUGCUGCUGCUGCUGCUGCUGCUGCUGCUGCUGCUGCUGCUGCUGCUGCUGCUGCUGCUGCUGCUGCUGCUGCUGCUGCUGCUGCUGCUGCUGCUGCUGCUGCUGCUGCUGCUGCUGCUGCUGCUGCUGCUGCUGCUGCUGCUGCUGCUGCUGCUGCUGCUGCUGCUGCUGCUGCUGCUGCUGCUGCUGCUGCUGCUGCUGCUGCUGCUGCUGCUGCUGCUGCUGCUGCUGCUGCUGCUGCUGCUGCUGCUGCUGCUGCUGCUGCUGCUGCUGCUGCUGCUGCUGCUGCUGCUGCUGCUGCUGCUGCUGCUGCUGCUGCUGCUGCUGCUGCUGCUGCUGCUGCUGCUGCUGCUGCUGCUGCUGCUGCUGCUGCUGCUGCUGCUGCUGCUGCUGCUGCUGCUGCUGCUGCUGCUGCUGCUGCUGCUGCUGCUGCUGCUGCUGCUGCUGCUGCUGCUGCUGCUGCUGCUGCUGCUGCUGCUGCUGCUGCUGCUGCUGCUGCUGCUGCUGCUGCUGCUGCUGCUGCUGCUGCUGCUGCUGCUGCUGCUGCUGCUGCUGCUGCUGCUGCUGCUGCUGCUGCUGCUGCUGCUGCUGCUGCUGCUGCUGCUGCUGCUGCUGCUGCUGCUGCUGCUGCUGCUGCUGCUGCUGCUGCUGCUGCUGCUGCUGCUGCUGCUGCUGCUGCUGCUGCUGCUGCUGCUGCUGCUGCUGCUGCUGCUGCUGCUGCUGCUGCUGCUGCUGCUGCUGCUGCUGCUGCUGCUGCUGCUGCUGCUGCUGCUGCUGCUGCUGCUGCUGCUGCUGCUGCUGCUGCUGCUGCUGCUGCUGCUGCUGCUGCUGCUGCUGCUGCUGCUGCUGCUGCUGCUGCUGCUGCUGCUGCUGCUGCUGCUGCUGCUGCUGCUGCUGCUGCUGCUGCUGCUGCUGCUGCUGCUGCUGCUGCUGCUGCUGCUGCUGCUGCUGCUGCUGCUGCUGCUGCUGCUGCUGCUGCUGCUGCUGCUGCUGCUGCUGCUGCUGCUGCUGCUGCUGCUGCUGCUGCUGCUGCUGCUGCUGCUGCUGCUGCUGCUGCUGCUGCUGCUGCUGCUGCUGCUGCUGCUGCUGCUGCUGCUGCUGCUGCUGCUGCUGCUGCUGCUGCUGCUGCUGCUGCUGCUGCUGCUGCUGCUGCUGCUGCUGCUGCUGCUGCUGCUGCUGCUGCUGCUGCUGCUGCUGCUGCUGCUGCUGCUGCUGCUGCUGCUGCUGUUGCUGCUGCUGCUGUUGCUGCUGCUGCUGUUGCUGCUGCUGCUGCUGCUGCUGCUGCUGCUGCUGCUGCUGCUGUUGCUGCUGCUGCUGCUGCUGCUGCUGCUGCUGCUGCUGCUGCUGUUGCUGCUGCUGCUGUUGCUGCUGCUGCUGUUGCUGCUGCUGCUGUUGCUGCUGCUGCUGCUGCUGCUGCUGUUGCUGCUGCUGCUGUUGCUGCUGCUGCUGCUGCUGCUGCUGCUGUUGCUGCUGCUGCUGUUGCUGCUGCUGCUGCUGCUGCUGCUGCUGUUGCUGCUGCUGCUGUUGCUGCUGCUGCUGUUGCUGCUGCUGCUGUUGCUGCUGCUGCUGUUGCUGCUGCUGCUGUUGCUGCUGCUGCUGUUGCUGCUGCUGCUGUUGCUGCUGCUGCUGCUGCUGCUGCUGCUGCUGCUGCUGCUGCUGCUAUUGCUGCUGCUGCUGUUGCUGCUGCUGCUGUUGCUGCUGCUGCUGCUGCUGCUGCUGCUGCUGCUGCUGCUGCUGCUGCUGCUGCUGCUGUUGCUGCUGCUGCUGUUGCUGCUGCUGCUGUUGCUGCUGCUGCUGUUGCUGCUGCUGCUGUUGCUGCUGCUGCUGUUGCUGCUGCUGCUAUUGCUGCUGCUGCUGUUGCUGCUGCUGCUGUUGCUGCUGCUGCUGUUGCUGCUGCUGCUGUUGCUGCUGCUGCUGUUGCUGCUGCUGCUGUUGCUGCUGCUGCUGUUGCUGCUGCUGCUGCUGCUGCUGCUGCUGUUGCUGCUGCUGCUGCUGCUGCUGCUGCUGCUUUGCUGCUGCUGCUGCUGCUGCUAAGUCCGAAUAGAUCUUCUGACGUAGUAAACGAUGCUGAUCGAUUACCUAAUAACAGUGGUACUGAUGAUAAUAGUUCACCUAAAACUCCUAGAAACUUUGGAUCUGAUAAGAAGCAAAUACAAUCACAACAACAAUUCACAAAACAUUCACAAGUUGUAACAACUGUUUCGUCUAAAUAUAAUCCUUAUGUCGGUGCAUCAUUUCGUGAGAAUCGGGAUUAUAUUGGUGUAGUUAUUGGACGAGCUGCUGUUACUCCUUCACCUAUUACAACGAUUGAUAUGCAUCAACAUUAUCAAAGUAUUGAACGAAGACCGUUGAAAGGUCAACACAAUAUUCAAUCUAGUAUAGGGAAUACAGGAAAUGCAAUUAAUCCUUUAAUGUCUACCGAAUUAUCUACAACAUCAUCAUCUAUAUCAUCAACGUCGACAGCAACAACAACAACAACAGUACCAGCUCCAUUAUCCACUUCUUUCAAUAUUGUUGGUCGAGGUUUAUUUGAGCAACCAGUGUUAGUAACAAGUGGGAAAUCAAACACUAUACUCUCAUCAUCACAAUCAUUAAAUAAAUUGUCAAUAAAUGCAAAUAUCAAUCCUAGUGGAAGACAAACACCAGCGAAUUCUAAACAUAAUGAACAUAAUCAACUAGAACAUGGUAUUCAUCAUUUAUCUAAAGAUAAUGAACUUGAAGGUUCCAAUAUCCUACUUGGUAUCGGUUUAAAUGAUACAUCAUAUGCUACAUCUGCUAAUUCCACUCCAAAUGUAUGUGAUAUUGAUUCGAAAGGAGGAACACAUGAGGCGUGUGUAUCGCAUAGUUUUCGACAAAGAAUAUUACAGAAGAAAUCGAAAAAAUUACAAAAACUUCGUGAUAAUUCUACACUGUCGAAACAAGCAUCAAAUACCUCUUUAUCUAGUUUACAACCAUCAGAGAAUAAUUUGAACCAAGUAAAUUCUGAAACAAUUGAUAAUACUACUUUAAAUUUAGACAAUGAUAAAUCCUUCCCAAUUCUGGAUUCUAGUGAACAUCCUCCAAGUCAUUCAACAUGGCCACCUCCAUCAUCUAACAAUACUCGUAUGAAUUAUCCUUUAAAACCAGAAGAAUCUUCGCCUAAAUUAAAAUCAGGUCAUACACCUAGUGGUGUAUCUUUGUUACCUCCAACUAGACGUCGUCUACCAGCUGAAAAUUCCUUAUCAAAAGGUUCACGUUCUACUAGUCAAAAUUCUGUUAAUAAUACUGUUAUUAAUCAUUCUGAAUAUUCAAAUGUAGAUUCAAACGAAUCAAUGAGUUCGAAUCUCCAUUGUACAGAUAAUCCAAUAACCAGUAACGAUACAUCGUUGAAAUUAAGCGAUUAUGAUAAAAAUCCUCUACCAGAUAAACCACAGCUUAAUAAAGUUCGUUCAGUAGUUAGUCUUUCUGGAACUCCACCAACAUUACCUAGUGCUUUAAAUUUAAUUAAUUCAAACGAUUGGGAAGAUAAAGUGACUGGAUUAGAACUAUUGGCACAAAUUGUUACAGAACAGUCAGUACAUUUAGUACAAACUACACAAACUGGUUCUGCUUCAGCUGGUUCUUCUAGACAGCCUGCUACAAAUUUAUCCAGUUCAGCGCCAACAUUGAUACUUACUGCCGAAACACUAAGUCAAGCUGUACAAGCUGUAAUAACUGAAUGCAGAAAUCUACGUUCUCAAGUUUCACGUCAAGCUGUACAAACUAUGGGUAGUUUAUUUCAGGGUUUAAAUAGAGCAAUGGAUCCACAUGUCGAUGUAUGUAUACGAGUAUUGUUAAGUAAAACUGGUGAAGCGGCUGCUGCUUUCUUACGCGAUGAAGUUUCUGUAAUUAUGGAUGAAGUUAUUCAACAUGCUAGUCCAUCGCGUACACUACAAGCCUUGAUUCAACAUGGCAUAGGUCAUAAAAAUCCAGCUGUUCGAUUGCAGACAGCAUUACUUGUCUCUCGUAUCGUUGAAAACUUAUGUAAUCAUGGACGUAUGAAUUUAUCGAAUCGUAACAAUAUUAAUCGUGGAUCUGGUGGCAGUAAUAAUAAUAAUAAUCCUACUGUUGGUCGUUUAUCAUCAUGGGGUUCAACAGGAAACUUGAAUUCUGUUUCUUCAGCUAAUUUAUCUUCAUCGAAUUCAGUUUUUCUAGGUGGAUUUAUGGAACGUUUAGUUAGUGCACUUAGUCAAUUUCUCACUGAUGGAAAUCAAGAAACACGAUAUUAUGGACGUCGUUUAUUAAGUACAUUGAUGCAACAUCCUGAUUUUGAAAGAACUGCUCAACGACAGUUAACUGGUCAGCCUCUUCGAGCUGUAAAAGAGGCGAUUGAUCAAAUUCAUCAAAAAGGCGUUGGAGAUUUGCCUUCUUCAAUGUCAUCUUCAGCUGGUUCUCGCCGUAGGGGGUUUUCACCAGCGACAAGAUCUCGUGGACCCAGUGCUGGUGGUCUUGGUUCCAAAGCCUAA